AUGCCGAUGUCUAGCUCUGUUUCCACCAAGCACAAGAGUGAAGAUUUAAUUACCUGUCAGGCUUGGAGAAAGCCCGUCUCCCCUGUCAGCUUCUGGAGUUCUUUUGGAGCAUUGCAGAGCAAAGGGAAGACAGAAGUAGGCCGGGUGCCAGGUGCCAGGCCUUUGAGUGUCGACUUUGCUAUUAGUGUCACUCAAGAGAAACUGAACCAUUUCUGCCGUAGUAUACCUGUUUCCAUUUGGCUGAGCACAUUAAAUAAAAAUCCUCCAUGGAUAAGGGAAUGCAAAGUCCAACGAUGCAAAUUAUUGGCUGUCAAAGCCGAAGCUAGGAAAGGAAUCUUGCCAAAUAAACUCAAACCCAUUUUUGAGGGACCAGAGGAAGAGGUGCUUCCACCUCCACCCUAUGCUCCACAUCGAAGGGAGCCUAAUCCAAAUACUCCACCAGUUGUAACCCCAAGGCAAGAAAGUGGAACGAAUAAUGGGGGUGGAGUCACAGAACUUGAUUCCUUGAUAGAUUAUGAUAAAUAUCUUCAGGAGGCCUUGGAGUCCUAUAAUAAAGCCCAAGCAGAAGUGGUUAUUCCACCUGUGAGUCCCAGUAGAACUCCAUCUACAGUCUCCUUUAGUGGACCAACUAAUUGCCCACCCCAAACCCCUGUACAUCCAAAUCCUAGAGAACUAUUACAGAAGUUACAGGAAGACCUUGAUCGGUCAGCAAGCAAUACAGCCAGGCGUAUAAAGCUGCUAAAAGAACGCCUUGGGACAGAUACCAUCCCCUAUGAUUUGAGGCCCCUAGAGCAAAGCGAAGAGAAAGGUCACGUAGUAGCCCCUCUUAGAAGAGUAUUUGAUGCACUUGAGGAGCCUGUGCUGGUUAACGGGCAACCCGGACCACGGCCACCUCGAACUUCGACCCUCCAGUAUAUUCCAUUCACAACUACGGAUCUGAUGAAUUGGAAAACACACACCCCAUCUUUCGCAGAAAAACCUCAGGCUAUGAUGGACUUGGUGACUUCAAUAGUAAAUACUCAUAGUCCUACUUGGACAGAUUGCCGCCAACUCCUGAAUACUCUGUUCACCACUGAGGAAAGAAGAGACAUAAUUGAAAAGGCACAGAUAUAUUUGCGUGAGCAGGCCAGAGUGGGAAAUAUUUUUAAUAUUGACCGUCAUCUCCAGGAUAACUUUCCUUUGGAAGAUCCUAAUUGGGAUCCAAACAAUGCAAUUCACCUGGCCAGGCUUACCACCUACCGCCAGACGCUUGUGCAAGGUAUCCGCAGGGCAUGCCAGAAGCCCACUAAUAUGUCUAAAGUCUCAGAAGUAGAACAGAAACCAAAUGAGAGUCCGGGAGACUUUUUAGAGAGGCUGCAGGAAGCCUAUCGUAUAUGGACUCCUUUUGACCCUGAAGCCCCUGAAAACAGCAGAAUGAUUACUGCUACAUUUCCGGACUCCAUAAAGUUAGGCUUCCAGGAGCCCACGGUCACGAUUCAAUUAGGGAGCCAUUUAAUAGACUUUAUGAUUGAUACUGGGGCUGAAUACUCAGUACUCCCAGAACUAUUGCAGAAAAAGGCAUCCAAAAGUGUAGUCAUUAAAAGUGCCACUGGUCAGUCAGCUAAGAGGUCUUUCCUCCAACCUUUGGAAUGCCAGAUUGGGGGACAUCGUUUAACCCAUCAGUUUUUGUAUAUACCUGAGUGUCCAAUACCUCUCUUAGGUAGAGAUAUGCUGUCCAAAUUGCAGGCCCAAAUCACCUUCACUCCUCAAGGUCCAGAAAUGAAACUGCCAUCAAAGGCAGCAGGAAUAAUUACCCUCUCAGUACCUAAGGAACAAUCAUGGCGCCUAAUGUCAGCCCUGCAAGUCCAACCCACAUUGGAUACAGAAUUAAACAAGCUCCUCCAAACCCUACAGGUGCCACCAGGAGUAUGGGCCGAAAAUAGCCCACCAGGAAUGGCUAAGAAUAUAGCUCCAAUUGUAGUAACCCUAAAACCUAUGGCUACCCCUGUAUCUGUAAAACAAUAUCCUUUACCCCGGCGAGAAGCAGAGGGCAUCCAGAAACAUUUGGACCGCCUAUUAAAAUAUGGUCUGCUUAAGCCCUGCCAAUCAGAAUGGAACACACCCCUUUUGCCUGUUCGGAAACCUGGGACAGAUGAAUACAGGCCAGUACAGGACUUGAGGCUCGUAAACCAGGCUAUCGAGACCUUGCACCCAAAUGUACCAAACCCAUAUACCCUGCUGAGUUUGAUCCCACCAGAAGCAACAUUUUUUACUGUAUUGGAUUUGAAAGAUGCAUUCUUCUGUUGCCGGCUGGCACCACAGAGCCAACCUAUAUUUGCCUUCCAGUGGGAAGACCCUUUGACAGGAACAAAAGGCCAGCUAACCUGGACAAGAUUGCCCCAGGGAUUCAAAAAUUCCCCAACUUUAUUUGGUACUGCCUUGGCGAAAGAUUUAACAAGUUACCCCUCAAUACCUGGAGAAAAGGUGGUUCUGCAAUAUGUAGAUGACCUUAUACUAGCGGCAAAGGAUUUUGAUACCUGUAAAGAAGGGACAGAGGAACUGCUCCACUUGCUCUGGGAAGCUGGCUACCGAGUUUCCCAGAAAAAGGCACAGUUAUGUUUAGAAAAGGUCAAAUAUUUGGGCUUUGACAUCUCACACCAACAACGAGCAUUGAGACCAGAGAGGAAAGAAGCUAUUUGCCUUAUUAAGGAACCUACCACAAGGAAACAACUCAGAGGAUUCCUGGGAACAGCAGGGUUUUGUAGACUAUGGAUACCUGAUUUCAGCAGUCUGGCCAAGCCCUUACAUGAAAGCACUCGAGGUGCAGAAAAGGACCCAUUCGUAUGGGGACCUGAGCAGCAACAAGCCUUUUUAGCUAUCAAACAACGACUUAUGGAGGCCCCAGCCCUUGGACUGCCUAAUUCGGAAAAACCCUUUCAGCUGUAUGUACAUGAACAGAAUGGGAUUGCAGCGGCAGUCCUGACCCAGAGAUUAGGAAGUUGGAACCGUCCAGUAGCUUAUUUGUCAAAACAAUUGGACUCAGUAGCAAAAGGAUGGCCUCCAUGCCUAAGGGCAGUAGCGGCCACUGCAAGCCUUGUCAAAGAAGCUGAUAAAUUUACCUUUGGCCAGACGAUGUAUGUGAAUGUACCUCAUGCUGUUCUGACACUUAUGGAAUAUAAGGGUAGUUAUUGGCUAACAAACCCAAGGAUGGCUAGAUACCAAGGCCUAUUGUGUGAAAAUCCCAGGAUUCAUCUACGAGUAGUGAAUAUGCUCAAUCCAGCAACUUUGCUGCCCCUACCAGAGGUAGAUGAUGAAGAAUCACAUGAUUGUCUCCAAAUAAUGGAUGAAGUUUAUUCCAGUAGACCCGAUCUGAAAGAUGAACCAUUGAAAAAUCCAGAUGUUGUAUAUUAUACUGAUGGUAGCAGUUACCUGCAUGAGGGUGCCAGACGAGCAGGAUAUGCUGUGGUCACCAAUGAGGAAGUUGUGGAAGCUGAAGCUUUGCCUGCUGGCACCUCAGCACAAAAAGCUGAACUUAUAGGUUUAACUAGAGCUCUGCAAUUGGCAGCCGGAUGUAAGGCAAACAUCUAUACUGAUUCUAAAUACGCCUUCUUAACCCUGCAUGCACAUGGAGCUCUAUGGAAAGAAAGAGGUCUAAUCGGAGCCCACGGGAAGGCCUUGAAAUAUGGACCUGAAGUAGAAAUCCUGUUGGAAGCAGUAUGGGCUCCAGAACAGAUUGCUGUAAUGCACUGCAAAGGUCAUGGACGUGGAAGGGAUCCAAUAACCAGAGGAAAUCAUGCUGCUGACAAAGCAGCCCGAGAGGCAGCCCAAAAGCCUGUGGGAGGAUUUAUAGCAGCCCUCAUACCAGAGGUAGUUCCAGAAGAAGUUAAACCUCACUAUACCCCAGAAGAGAGGAAGUGGGCUGAACAGGAAGGGGCGAUUCUUAACAGAAUAGAGCCCGGCUGUGGGAAUUUCACUUUAGAACACCAUUCAUUAAUUAGAAAUGAAACAGAGCUACAAAAUCAGUCAGUCUUUAGCAACUGCUAUGCUUAUAGCAGAUGA